AUGAUAACUACAAAAUCUUCAAAAAAUUCUGAAACUGAAUAUCAGUCUUCAAGUAAUAUUUCUUUUGAAGAUGAUUCUUCAAGUGUAGCUUCUGAUAAUGUUUCUAGUGUUAAACAAAAAGUUGGUGAAGAAAAUUUAAACAGACUUUUAGCUCGCAUAGCUGCUUUAGAAAAUAAGAAUAAAGAACUUGAAUUUCAAGCGAAAAAUUAUCAAAGUAUGCAAAGCAAUACAACUAAUAUUAAAGGCAGUACUUUGGAAAAAAGAGCUAUGAAGAAAAAAGAAAUAUAUAGAAAACACAAAUCAUGCAAAAAACUUCAGGAGUCAAGCUUAGAAGAAUCAAGCUCC